GGCAACCCUGCAGCACGGCUCACAUGAUCUGAUGCUAACGUUAGCAGAACAGCAGAAAUAUCACUUCUUUAUUCCUCUUCUGGGAUUGUAGUUUAAAACAUGUCGACGUUUACAGCGAAUUUGAUCUUUUCUGUGCUGUUUCUCGUGUUUGGUGCUGCGCUUGGACUCCUGGGAAAUGGAGAUAAAUUCCGACGAAAGGUGUCUGUAGAGUUGAAUCCCGGUCUGACUCAUCCGUGGGUUCUUCCUCCUGGAGUGAAUCUGGUUCAUGUGCAAGGUCUGGGGCUCAAUGACACCCUUCACUUCCUGUUGUGUAAUCAUGGAGCUCCAGCGCUGUUAAUGGUUCACACGAACAGCACACAGUCAUCAGUGCAGGUGGACUGGCCUUCCUUCAUCAAAAGCAGUUCACCCAGAAGCCUGAAGGUGGAGCCGCAGAGUAGUGUGCUCUACAGCAGCGCACUAGUGUUCACCAGAGUUUGGGAGUAUGAUGAUGUCAAUAACACCGCAGACCCCCAGCAGACCGCAGAGUCCAGCUUUUACCCUCCAUACGAGCUCCAGAACUUCAUCUGGUCAGACCUGAACAAAACGGGCGAUCAGUCAAAUCACACAUUACAGCUGUGCGGCGGAGAGAAUACGGAGAGUUUCGUCAACGGCUCCCUUUGUCUGCAGUUCUCAGCGUUUGAGUCAGUGGGUCGUGAUCAACCCUGGCCGAGUCUCCAUCAUAACGCUAACUCCUCGCAGCUUCACGUGUGGCUGAAGGGUGUGACGCCACGAGGAAACCACUCCAGAUUCGCUCUGGAGUUUCAGUCUGUAGGCGACUCUGGAUUCGAGGGACGAGUGGAUGUUUACAGCUCCAUAGACGAUGAGUACACACCCUCCAUCUUCAAGGUGUCUCAGUGGGUGUCGUCUCCGGUGAACAGCACUGGUGUUUGGGGUUAUAAUCAGUGGAAGCCCGUGGCGUAUCGUAAAGCUGAUCCGGUGUUUGAGGACGCCACCCCGUGCAAACACUCCCAGCUCGUGUCCAUGACCCACAUCCCUCAGUCCCGUCUGGUUCAGGCGUAUUUCACAAAUGAUACUCAGACGUACGGCCUCAACAUCAGCUUCGGCAUCGAAAAAGACCCAGCGUUUUACAGCGACACCAAAUACAUCAGCUGGACGGUUUUAGUGGGCCUGGGCGAUCCUCCAGCCGAUUCGUUCUCCACGUUAAUCAUUAUCAUCAUAACCGUUGGACUUGGCACUCCUCUGGUCAUCAUUAUCGUGGGUGGAGUGUUUGUUUGGCUCCGCAAGAAGAGGUCACAGUCUUCAGGCUACGAGCCAAUCAACUGAGACCUUAUGGUACAAGCCCCGCCCCCAAUGCACACACCUGGUUCCUGACUGGACCAUUAGAAACACGUUACUGACCAUUAAACACUGCUGACCAAUUACCCAGACAAACUCUCUCCAGAUGGGUUUGGAUUUAAAAGUGUUACAUUGAUAUUUUUUACAGCUUUAUACUUAAACCUCAUUGGCCAGUCGAUCCAAAUCAAACCUAAAAGUGCAAAGGAGUUACUAUUUGAUUGUUUUUACGCCAUCAUUUUUCAGACUUGUGCCAAAAUCCUUCUUGUAAAAUUGCACAUUUGCAAUUGCACACAAAAAAAUGCACAUUUUAAAGAUUUAAAACAUUAUUUUCUCUUUAAUCCUGAUGCAAAUGCUUUCAUAUUUAAUCAAAACUGCACAGCUGGAGGUUCUCAGGGAUUCUCACUAUGUUUAUUUCUGAUGUUUUUAACAUAACUGUGGAUAAUGCGAUUAAGACGAGUUGUAAGCGUUGGUUUGCACCAUGAAAUCUUUCCUUUUGUUGUUGCCUUAAGUGAUUUAUAAAAUAUUUUUCGCUAUAUAAAUGUAUCCAACACUUUCUUGUGGA